AUGUUAACAAUAAUAGCGCAUAGUUGCACAUUAAAACCCUUACCGUUUGGUGUUAGGGUUUUUCAAAAGCCUAGAUUUUCUGCGUUUACAAGUAAUAAUAAUUUGCAAAUUAACGAAAUUCGUCUUUGUCAACAAUUACAAAAGCAACAGAAACAACGAUGGCAAUCAAACAUGGCUUCAACAGCAUCAGUAUUAAAUCAACUGUUUUCUUCCGAAUAUAACAGUCUCGAGAACGGUGACAAAAAUAUCGCACAAGCUGACAAACCGAGUAGUUGUAUCGAUAAAGCGCUGACCAAUGUCCAUCUAAUUGAGUGGCUGCGAAGGCACUUGAACGUGUUUGCGUAUGUGUAUUUUAGCUUGUUAUUGUUAUCCUUGAAAGUUUUCCUCAAUGUAAACUAUACAGCAAAACUCCUGCCUGGAUUAAUAAACGAAUUCGGCGUAGAAAUGCUCCCAGACUGGCUAUACAAACAAAUUUUUCAGCGAACAACCCGCCCCAAAAUGUCUGAAGAAAAUAUACGACUAGCCAAAGACCACUUAAACAAGCAAGGACUAGCCGACAAGAAAGCCGACACUCUAGCUGCACUACAAGAAUUCAAAUUGCCCAAUUUGUGUGGGAGUACAAUUGCCGAACAUUUUUUACGGAUUGGCGAGAAACAAGCGAGGCCUGUUCGUGAAUUAGCGAUUCAGUUUGCGGGUGUGGUGUUACCAGAGAUGCCGACAAAGUGGGAGCGUAAGGCUGGUUGGACGCGGUAUACGGGGAAUGGUAAAGAUCCGGAAAAUGUAGACUAUCCGGACGAAGAGCUUCUGUGUUUUGAUGUGGAGACGUUUUUGAAGGAUAGUCCGUUUGCGUUGAUCGCUAUUGCAGCUUCGCCGAAUGCUUGGUAUGCAUGGAUAUCGCCUCAAUUAAUUGAAUAUACAAAUAAUAAGAAAAAGUUAUCGAAUCAAAAUGUUGACUCUGCAAAUAGCAAUAAUAAAGGGCGCCUGAUCCCUAUCGGUAAUAUUCAGAAAGAUCGAAUAAUAAUUGGUCAUAAUGUUGGUUUUGAUCGAGCACGUAUUAAAGAAGAAUAUCAACUUGAACAUUCAAACACAUAUUUCUUGGAUACAAUGGCGCUACAUAUUGCUGUAAGUGGUCUCUGCUCACAUCAGCGUCCCUCCUGGAUAAAAUAUGACAGAGCAUCAGAAAUGAAAGAUGAAAUUUAUCUAGAACAGGCACAGGAUUUUCAAGCAAUCUACGACGUAAGUUCUUUGAAUAGUUUACGGGAUGUCUACAAAUUUCAUUGCUCUAGGAUUUUGGAUAAGUCGACGCGUGAUAUGUUUGUCAAUGGUACUAUGGAAGAGAUUAGUGAUCCGAAAAAUUUUUCUGCAUUAAUGAAUUACUGUGCGAAUGAUGUACUUGCUACACACAAUGUGUUUAAAAAAGUGUUACCGCGAUUUUUACACACGUGUCCGCAUCCAGUAUCAUUUGCUGGAAUGGUUCAUAUGGGAAGUAUGUUUUUGCCGAUAAGCAGUGAUUGGGACAACUACCUGAAAAAAGCAGAAAAUGUUUUCCAAGAACAAACCAACUUGAUCGAGAGUAGUUUACGUCAGUUAGCAUUAGCUGCUGUGAAACUAAAGCCAGAGGAAGCAAUGAAGGAUCCUUGGCUUCAACAAUUAGAUUGGACGUUUCCAUCCUCGUUAAGUAGGAAACUUCCCGAUAGACCAAAUUGGAUUCGUGAGAUUUAUAAUACAACAACGGCAAAGAUCAAAGUAACAGUUAGAACUCGUAUAGCACCACUGUUGCUAAAACUGAAAUGGUUAAAUUAUCCGUUAUACUUUUCUCAAAAGCAUGGAUGGAUGUAUCGAGUACCUAAUGAAGAUACUCAAUAUCAAAUUAAAGCUAAACAUUGUGAAUUUAAAGAAAAUCCCGAUGCGCCAGAUUAUGAGGAACGCUUUGCCAAAGAUAAAAAAGCGCGGUAUUAUAAAAUACCGCAUAAAGAUGGAGAAGCAGCCAGAGUUGCGACCCCCUUAGCGAAAAAUUAUGUAUCGGCUUAUGAGAAUGGGAUUCUGAAUUCUGAGUACCCAGAAGCUCAUGUUGCUCUUAGUAUGAAUGCUGCAUGUUCUUACUGGAUGGGUGCAAGAGAUCGUAUACAAUCUCAGAUGACGGUGUAUCAAGGUCAUCCUGAUAUCAAGGAUAUUGGAUUUGAAGUGAAGGAUGGGAAAUUUCCGGGAAUGAUUUUACCACAGACUCUAACUAUGGGUACUGUAACUCGCCGCGCCGUUGAAAAAACAUGGAUGACUGCAAGUAACGCAAAAGAAAAUCGAAUUGGAUCUGAAUUGAAAGCAAUGGUUCAAUCACCUAAAGGUUAUAAAAUUGUAGGCGCAGAUGUAGAUUCCGAAGAAUUGUGGAUUGCUAGUUUAAUUAGUGAUGCACAAUUCGGAGCUCAUGGAUCAACAGCCUUAGGAUGGAUGAUACUCCAGGGUACAAAGGCAGCAGGUACAGAUUUACAUUCUAAAACCGCGUCAAUUUUAGGGAUUUCUAGAGACAACGCCAAAGUUUUUAAUUAUAGUCGAAUUUAUGGCGCUGGAUUGAAAUUCGCGACUCAAAUGCUUCGACAAUUCAAUGAGAAUAUCGAAGAGGCGGAAGCACAAAGUCGUGCAGAGGAUUUAUAUAGGCAGACAAAAGGCGAGAAGUACUAUCCUGUAAGAAAUGCUAAAACUUUCUGGUAUGGUGGCAGUGAAAGUUACAUGUUUAACACCUUGGAAAACAUCGCUAUUAGUGACAAUCCUAGGACCCCUGUAUUGAAGUGUGGCAUAACAGACGCACUGAACUCGAAAAUUGUUAAUCGUAACUAUAUGACCUCUAGGAUUAAUUGGGUCGUGCAAUCUUCCGGUGUUGAUUAUCUUCAUUUGCUACUUGUCUCGAUGAAAUAUUUGUCUGAAAAAUAUGAUAUUUGGGCAAGAUUUAUGCUUUCUGUGCAUGAUGAAGUGAGGUUUCUUGUUAAAGAGAAAGAUGCCUAUCGAGCUGCACUAGCAUUACAAAUUAGUAACUUGUGGACUAGAGCUAUGUUCAGUUAUAUGCAUGGAAUUGAGGAUUUGCCUUUGUCAGUUGCGUUUUUCUCGUCUGUUGAUAUUGAUCAUGUACUUCGUAAAGAAGUAGAAAUGAACUGCAAAACAUCGUCGCAUCCAUCAGAGAUUCCUCGUGGUAUUAGUAUUUCGAUGCAAGAUAUCUUAAAAAAGCAGAAAACAUUAUAUCGUGAAGGUGAUGAAACAAACAACGACGAAAAUAACAAUAAUGAGGACGUAGCCUUCUUAAUGCAUGAAAUACCGAGUGACUACGCUAAACUCUUAGAGCAACAACAUUCAUCGAAAAAUGAUGUAUUUCUAAAGGCACAAUCAUGCACGAGUAGAGCCGAAAUUGAUCAAGAGUGUCAAAAAACGCGUAACGAAAAGCACGAGCCGAUAAAUUGGGCACAUUCGCAACGAAUUAAUAAUCAACAACAAUAUAAUAGUUAUACGGAUAAUGAUAAGUUUAAUAACACAAAUUCGUUGCCACAACAAAUCAAUUAUAAUGUAAAUUCAUAUUCUGAUUCUUAUAAUAAUAAUAAUAAUACAAAUAAUACUAAGAAUAAUACGAGUUCACACGAACAAUAUAUUGCUAAUAAUAUGACGUCACGGCCAAAACCCAAGAUGGCAUUCACCACGGCAUUACCACAAAGGCCAGAGACCAAGGCAGUUCCUAGAUCACAUCAUGAAUCAAAUGAAUUUCCCUCGGCAUUAGAUGUAUUUUCUAAGGCGCCUUUUAAUGACUCAUAUUUUAUUGGCUUCUCAAAAAGGAACCCAAAGAAAUCCACAAAAACAUUGACAGACGAAACUGUCGCGAAAAAUCGUGUCAGUACUGCUUCCAAUAAAAGCGCACAAGAUAAUUCGGAGUCCCUUGGUUUUGCUGAUUUUCAAAUGCCUGACAUUGAGGAAAACAUUGAUUCUAAUGUCGAAUUUACUGACGCGGAUCUCGUGGACCCCGCUCUUUUGGGUGAAUUGCAAGCUUUGACCGGAAAUACUGUUGCUAAUACUUCGAAGCUCAAGCCUAAAGAGCGACCAAAAACUGUUCAGACAACACCAGCAGCUGCGCGACACAUUGACAUCGAAGCUAUAGAAGCAUUAGGCAGCGAAGAAGACUAUGAGGCUGAGGUGGAGCUCACAGAAGAUGAUCUAAAAGAUCCCACAUUGUUAAAAGAAUUACAUGGACUAGGAGGACAUCAGGGUGAUAGUAGUGAAAAUGAGACACAUAAAGAUAUUAAAACAAUUGAAAGUCCGGUUGAAAAGCAAACAAAACGAGAAAAUGUUUUGGUGACUCGUAGCCCACCAGCUGUCGAUAAUAAUAAAACUGUGAAUGAACAAAAUCAGGAGAACUCUGACUCUUUAGAUAAGCGGAAUUCAUCAGAAGUAGCUACUUCAGCAUCUUUACAAGAGACGCCGUCUAUGACCAUAGAAGAGAAGCUUAAGAUCGAUGAUCCUGUCAUUUUGGCAGGAUUGAUAAAACAAGAAAAACUUGAUGCAGUUCUUAAAAAUCGUGCUGGAGAUAAAAAAGGCGCUCUUGAAUCUGUGAAAGCUUACAAACGAUUAGAAGCAAGACACGAAGAAAUUUUGAAAUCUUCGGUCGCCCAAGUUAAUGCCACAUCUACAACAGACAAUGAAAACAAUGCUAAAGCGGAUAAACUUUCUUCAAGUCAAAUCGAGCUGAAAGAAAAUACGAUAAAAAUAGAAGCCGAAAACAAAAGUGAAGUUUCCUCUCUAAAAGAGUCUCAAAAUACGGAUUUAAUACAUAAAUUAAAAGAUCUUCAACAAAAAUACAAAAACGCUGCAAUUCAAUUUAAGAAUUCAAAUAACAUCCCAAAGGCAAAAGAAAUGUUAACGAUUUCUCAAGAUAUCUUAAAAAUAUACGAAAAUUUAGAGAAAGGGGGUCAAUUACCAGAUGGAUGGACUAUCCCUGCCGAACCUGAUCUAUCAGAGUUAAUUAAUUCACCAAAGACUUCUUCCGUUCCUAAAAAGAUAACAGUGACACCAAAUAUAAACACACCACAAAAUACAGCGGUGAAAAAUCCAUACAUAGAUGAAACUCCUUUGAGCAUGAUGUCCAAGGAACAGCAAUAUGAUCGCUUGUUAGCACAUCUGCAAAAUCAAAUUUCCUCAUGUACCAACAUAAUAUCUGACUAUCAAAAACAAGGCGACAAGAGUAACGCAGCUCUUUUCUCACGCUAUAAGAAAGAAUUCUCUUGUGAUCUAGAUUCCUUGACAUCAUAUAAAACCCAUGGAAAAGAAAUACCAGCAUUUCAUUUUCAACAAAUUCAAUACAAUGCACAAAAUUGUUGUUAUGACUUGAGUGAAAAUGAAUUAGAAGUAUGCAUAGAACGUGCAUUUAAUUUGGGUAAUAAGGAAGUGAGUGGCAGAGAUGUUGAAGCCUAUGUUAGUUGGGAUAUUGGAUGGCCACCUGAAGGAAGUUCUGGCGCGGGAAGUGGGAAAGGUGAUACUUCUGUUGCAAAACGAGGAAUCGAUCCAGAAUUCAACUUCAAAAAAAUUGUGUUGAUUGAUCGUAAUGCUCGAUUUCAAAAACAUUUAGAACGUAAAAAAGCUCUUUUUGAAGUUUUCCAUUAUAGAGGAUUUUUAAGAAAGGCGGUAUCUCUUGGUAAAGUUCAGGUCAAAUUGGAUCCCCUCAGAGAGAAACCAGAGAUACAUGAAAUUGUGGAUCUCGUUGAUUCAGGUCGACGCCUUACGGGUGGUAAAUUAGAAGUAAAAUUACGCGUCAGAAGACCGAUAUCAAAAAAUGAGAUCGUCACCAAAAAUGUAAAAUGGCUUAUUAUUGAUGAAUUUAGGGCAGAUGACUCUGCGUUUUCAAAUUUGAAAUCUCAUAAUUCAAAAGUGUCCGUGCAACAACAAUCACCAUCAACACCAAGUAAAUCGAAUCCCGAUUUCCUGCAAUCGGAAAAUCCACAAAUUUCUAACAAACAAAAAGCAACUACAACGAUGAAGACUUCAAAAGAUAUAAAUAACACAAAAAAUAAUCAAGUCACACCACAAAAACAUUCUAAAUCAGAGUCUUCUUCCGCUGCAAAUCAGCCCAAAGGUGAAGAUAGGGAACUGGAGCAAGCCGAAGAGGAAUUGAACAACGUGGACAAUCUAGUAUCGAAUCUUGUUCUCGAACAGGAAAUUAAUCUUGUUAAUAAUCAAAUUGCUUCUCUGCAAGCCCAACGCAAGCCAGUAUCUGACGAUUUAGUCGACCGCAAACAAGCAUUAGAGAUCAAAAUGAAUCUUUUGAUCAUUCAAGUACAAACUGGGCAAUUAACAAUGGAAAAGUAUUUGGAUCAAGUGAAGAAAAGUAUUUCAAGCUUCAAAAAACUUGCCCUCUUUUUUAAACAAGCAGGAAAACUUGACGAAGCGAAACGAGCUCUUGCAAGGAGUAAGAUCAUGGAAAAAGAGAUAAAAGAAGUUGAAGAAGCAAUGGCAAAUGGUGCUUUGGAAGAGUAA